CUUCCAUGUCGUCCCUCGUUUUUCAUUCCUGCCUCCCACCCCCGCAAUGAGCGCCAAGACCCGCUUCAAACUGCGCAUUCCCGGAGGCGGCGCGCUUAGCCAGCGGCACAACUCACGAAGCCCAGUCCAUCGGCCGGCGCCGCACCCGCAAGCUGCUCCGCCGUCUGGAGGUAAUCGUACAUCGCGGGCGUCGCCACCCGCACGCAAUACGCGUCGCCCCGCUACUCCUUCUCCCGAGCCAGAGCAAGACGGCGACAGUCCCCCGCCGACCUCCCGCAAGCGCUCGAUCGACCGCGUGCUCGACAGUCUCGAGGCGAUCGCAUACAGAGGUGCUAAGCGUCCACGCGUCGACGACCGAAAGGCGCCGCUCUACCCCUACCUUCAUGGUGCCCGAGGGAGCGUCCGCUCUGUCCCCUAUCUGCUCUUCAACCACGUCGACGCAAUCUUCAUGCAGGGAAUCCACGAAGCCGGGCUGGAGCUAGAGAAGGACGCGGAAGCUGAUGCGGAAGCCAAGGAGGCAUCUUUGGACGCGGAGACCCGUUCCAGGCUAGAAUCUCAGCGCUCCAUGGCGUUCAGUGGUCUCAGGGAUGCCAUGCCGGGCCUCCUUGAGCUACUCACGGAGUGUGUUCCGCAUCCCCCGAUGUACGUUGCAUUCUGCGACAUGAUUAAAACGGUCAUCAACGAGGCCAAGAACGACGACACCGGGAGCUUGAAGCAAGAGAUCAUCAAGUUCAUCCUCGAAGACCCCGACAACGAGGUGGCGCCGAUACCCAACUCCGACAUCGGCAACAAGAGCAAACGCGGCUUCUCCAUCGACGUCUUUGCCCGCUGUCUCAUCCCGCGCAAGCAUUUCGACAGAAUGGACGAGGACUACGAUGCAUGUAUCACAUCCAUUAAUGACGGGACCCUCAAGGUCGACAACUCAUCGCUGCCCAUGCUGCUGUACGACUGGUCAUCGAUGGACGACGAUGAUACCGAGGCCGGCCUUUUCCGCCACAAUGCACUCGUGCGGUCGUGGCGUCGCAUCAUGUUUGGCAAAUCAAACGCGCUCAAGACUCCGAAGAGCGUUCCCGCAGGCUCCAACGCGCAUAUACACAAUGUUCUGCAGGCAUCGCCGGCGAGCAUUGCUUAUGUAUGCUGCCAGGUUCGUUUUGCAAUGUCCUCUGUCCACACCUGGGCGCGCAUGGAUCGGCACUUCGACAUGAAGAAGUUUUACGACGAGAUCAUGCUCCUCCUUGAGCUCGACGAGGAUGACCCCGACGAGUGGGUCCUUGAGACACUGCGCUGGUGGAACACCCGUGCUUUCGGCAACCCGCGUGGCCUUGAAGCUGAUGACGAGGAGGAGCUUGUUGAGCUCGGAGAAGAGGCGGGCGAGAUUAUGGAUGCGCGCGAGCGGCGCAAGCGAGCGCGGGCAGCGACUAGGGCCGCUGGGUCUCCUGAGGUGUAGGUUAUGUCAUUCAAUUUCGUCUCGCCGUGCUCCUUUUGGUCGCCCUCGCGCUCACUAUUGUCAUCGCCUCCUUGAUGCUUGAUCGUCCUGUAGUUCUAUUGCUGUCUAUCCAUCUGCUGUAGUUGCUUCUACUUGUAGCUCUCGUACUGAUACUUCGUGCUGCUCAAUGCAAAUGAUGAC